AACACAAAGAGAAGAGUGAGCAGGGAAGGAAGAACCAACUCUCUGUUCUCUCUAGUCAUAAGUUUCCAUUAUAUAUCAUACUUCUUCCUCUUCUCUUCUUCCUUUUCCCCCAUUUUCUUACUCUCAUUCCCAACAACACCGUUUCCAAACACACAAUCCUCCCCCAGCUUCCAGAGCUUUCUGCGUUUCCGAAUGUCCACCGCACCGGCGCAGCCUCCGGUGAAGUCCCAGCCUCUGCACAAAUUCGCCCUUCCCUUCUUGAAAUGGGGAGCCAGCGGCAAGAACCACCACACCAACGCAGCGCAUCACCACCGCUGCCGCCGCCCCUCCUCCCACCCCUCCGAUCACGCCUCCGAACCUGACUCCGACCCCGACUCCCGCCCCCACCGCCUUGGAUCCAGGACCGCUCGCAACCGAUUCGCACUCCCCACCUGCUCCCUCAAGCCGCUAGCUCCACCACCACAACCACUUCAGGCGCCGUCGUGCAACGAUGAAACUAACGACGAAGCUGCGAAGCGCGACAUCGAGGACGCCGAGGAGGCUGUGCAAAAGCCGUGGAACUUGCGACCCCGCAAACCCGCGCUCCCCAAGUCUGCGCUCGAGAUCGGAACUGGUCCUUCAAGGAACCACGCCAACAACGGCGCGGGAGAGUUUCACGACGCCGUUUCGCACCACGGCGAGAACCCCGCUCCGAAGUCCCUCCGGCUACGAGGGUUCGCGGACACUCAGUGCGCCGAGAAGAAGGAGAAGAGGAAAUUCUGGAUCGCUCUUUCUAGAGAAGAGAUCGAAGAGGACAUCUUCGUCAUGACUGGCUCCAGACCCGCCCGCAGGCCCAGGAAGCGGCCCAAGAACGUCCAGAAACAAAUGGAUAGUGUUUUCCCUGGCUUAUGGUUGGUGGGGAUAACUGCGGAUGCAUACAGAAUCCCUGAUACACCUACGAAGAGGUGAAGUCAAUUCAGACAAGUGUUAGAGAUUUGAGGAGGUACAGAGAGUGAAAUUUUGUAAAGAGGAGAAGAAGGUGUUGGAUUGAAAUUUGAAAAGAAAGCAAUGAAGAAGGUGUUGGAUUGGAAUUUGAAAAGAAAACAAUGACGAAGAAAACAAUGACGAAGAUAACAACAACAAUUAUGCUAGUUUUCUUGUGUUGAUUCCCAGCACUAGGUUUUAGAUGCAAGGGGCAGCUUUAGUUGAUUUUUAGUAGUUUACAUCCCUGUAAGGAAAGAAAAACAUGAUAUCAUAUGAGUAUAUAUAGAUUAAUUAAUAGAGUCGAAUACAGUGAUAAUCUUUUCAAUUCA